GGCUGGAGGCAUGCAGUGCGACUCACGACAGGCGAAGCGGGACAUCAUGAAAUCUCUGGUAAUUUUGGCAGUGCUGGGAGUGUGCUCCGCCUCCACCUGGCAGGCCUCCUACGGCGGCUACGGCGUGUACGGCGCCCCUUACCAGAGGAAGUGGACCGGACCCGUGGCGGCCACCGUCCCGGCGGGCGUCGACGGUACCAUCACACCGGUAUCCGAUACGUACGAGGUAACCGCCGCACGCAAUGCCUUCUUCAAGGCAUACAACGCCCAGCUGGCUGCCGUGGGCGCGUACCGUUACGGUGCUCCCGCCUACCACCACGCCACGCCGGCGGUGCACGUCAGCGUAGCAGCGCCCGCCGCCCACCACUCCGCCCUCAGCUACGGCGCCGCACCUGUUCCAGUCGGUGACACGCCCGCCGUGGCCGCCGCCAAGGCUGAUUUCUUCCGUCUGUACAACCUGCAGGCGGCAGCAGCAGCUGCGGCUCCAGAUCAUGAUGCUCCUCGCUAUUAUUACUAAAUGGAAUUGAAAACUGCCAAUCAAAAUGUCUGUACUCUUUGCAAAUUUA